AUGCUGUUCAAUACCGAUAUAACUGGUCAGGACCGUGGAUUCGCAAUUCAUUAUGAAAUGGUUGAAAUGGACAGGCAAUAUUCGGAGCCAAAUACGUGUCAAUCGGCAUUGCGCAUAUCAAGUUCGGGCUUUGUUACAUCACCAAACUGGCCUUCAUUUUAUCCUAAUGACGUCACAUGCAAUUAUUUGAUGACAAUGCCACAGGGAAGUGGACAGGCAAUAUUCGGAGCCAAAUACGUGUCAAUCGGCAUUGCGCAUAUCAAGCUCGGCAGAGUGAUGUUGACAUUCACCGACUUCGCAACUGAAGCAUGUUGUGACAAGGUGGAGAUUUACGAUGGACCAAAUGCUUCAUUUCCAAAACUGGCUGUCCUUUCCGGUAAUUCACUGGAAACAAGCACGUUCUACUCAACGCAGCAAAGCAUGUUUCUGACGUUCUAUUCAGACUACACUCAAAACGAUAGGGGAUUCAGCGCUUAUUAUAAACAGAUCACAGAAAUCGGCACUAUAAGAAAGUUGUAG